UCCGGUUGCGUUGUGACGAUUUGUGUCUUUCUACGAUGCUGUUUUCGCCGUGUAACUUGUGAUAUCUGCUGGUUUAAAAGUCAAACGUGACAUAAGAUAAUUCUUUUCACCAAGAAAAGUGACCAGAAGUGAACUUGGAACCAUGGCUCUCGUGAAAAAGGACGAGAAAUCCGUGGUUGUUUCUACCAAAGACGGUGGGGAGGGGGGCAAAACAAAGAAGCCUCCGAAGAAAGUCUUGGAUGAGGACACCUAUGUGAAGGAUCUUGAGACGAUCAUCCAGCGAGACUUCUUCCCCGACCUGACAAAGCUGAAGGCUCAGCAGGAGUACCUGCAGGCUGUGGAGAGUAACGACCAUCAGAAGAUGAGAGAGCUGGCCAUCAAGUACGGGUCCAGCCGACUGACCAGCAGACAGCACACAGAAACACCGGGGGCACCGGGGGAGUAUACACCAGCUACGUUUGAGACACCUGAUGUGGAGAGUUCCAGAGGACAGGACUCCCCAACAUCACACCACACAGCUGUCAAUCACAGCCAGGAGGGGGAGGAGCCACCGGGGAAGAAAGCAAAACAAGACACAGACCUACCCUUGGACAAAUACCUCGCCAAGAACACCAGUGAAGACAACGCCUCCUUCGGUACCAUUAUGGAGGUAACAGAGGAUAAGAACAGACAGAGACACUCCUGGCUGUACGAUGCUGAGAAGGAACACGCUGAGAAACAAAAGGAGAUUCUACAGUUGAAGGGUCCUGAACAGCUGGCUAUAGAAGGUUCUACCUCGAGUGUGGACACGUGGAGCUAUAAAGCCAAGAACGCACUCAUGUAUUACCCAGAAGGUACAGAGUCAGGAGAAGACGUCUUCAAGAAACCGCGAGAAAUCCUGCACAAGAACACGAGACUGGUGCGGACUCCAUUUGACUCGGACGUGGCCAAGUCCAGACUGCAGCAGGUGGCCGGGGCCAACGCACAGAUCAAGAGAGGGAAGAUAGGGCAUGAUGGGAAGGAAAUCCUGCCAGAGGACACUCCCAAGGUCAAUGGCUUUGGGUUUGUGGCGACGCCGUCUCCUGCGCCAGGUGUGGAUGAAUCUCCCAUGAUGACCUGGGGUGAGAUCGAGGGUACGCCCUUCCGACUAGACGGGUCUGACACACCGGCGCCGAGCAGCACACCGGGGUUCAAGAUAAAUGAGCCAAGGAAAAGAGAAAAGCUGGCACGAGGUCUGGUGGAGAAGAUUGGGAAAAGUCACCGUGCAAAAAAAGAAGAAGCACUGAAAAGAAUGACUGCCUCCUUUGCAAGCCCUACUCCAACUUUUGGUUCGCUGAAGUCCAUGGACCGACUCAACACCAUGUCGCCGGCCGCUCAGAGACUCAUCAACCGAGCUUCGUCACGGCGUAGCACGACGGACAAGGCGCUACGAGCGAGCUACAGCCCCUCCCCUGCUCGCUUGGGCGCGGGAAACACGCCUGUAAGACUCACGCCGCGGAACACUCCUCUGAGCGUACGCCGCUCGCCGAGACAUGGGAAAACUCCGACUGUCGCCAGCGCGAGCACGAGUACAGACACUUCCUCUCUGUCCGAUAACCUCCUAAACCUGCCAAAUACAAGACCCACCAGGAAAAAAGCAACCGAUUUCUUCUGACAUGUAAAAUACAUUUUUUUAAAUAACUACAUUUCUCGUCAAUUUUGUAUAUAUUUAGAUAAAGUUACCUUGAAAGUUCAUUUGUGUUGGUAGAAGUCAUUAUGAAACAAGUUUUCGACUGUACUUUCCAACACAAGGAAUUGGACUUAGUGAAAUUUUUGACUGUACAACUCCACUUCAGAUCUGUAACAUCGUGUUAUGUAGAUGACACAUGUGCUACUUGGAUUUUUUUUCUGCCUCUUUGAAAUCUUGCUUCCUGCAGACAUAUUUGUGUUCUGAAUAAGCCGGUUCAUGUGUUGAACUUUGCACGUGCAGCGUUAUGCAUGACAGGUAACAUGUCAAAGUUGAAAGCCCUUGGGACGUAAAUAAAACACAUCUGGACAUGUAUCAAACAUGGUCUACACAAGAACUGUUGGGCCAUGUUGAUUUGAUUAUAUGGAUAACAUCCGCGCAUACAUGAAUUUCGGCCGUUUCCAAAAAAAUAAAGUUUUCAACCAUA